UAUCAAGGAAUAGCAUUAACAAUAAUCCACCAUUUGCAUUCCAUCUAGACACUAUAGAACAAGUGUUUUGUUUGCCUGUUGUAAUCUAUUACAUAGUAGUUUUUGUAGUGAGUAUUGUUUGCACGGAACAUUUUUAUCAUAAAAAUGCUAGCAUUCCUGAUAUUAGAAUUCUUGUGGCCUUUCGCCAUUGUGUUAGUGCUUUGCUACGUGUAUAUCAAAUGUUCAGCUGUCAACCAUUUCAUUCGCUCUGGCUGCAAACAGAAUGUACUUAUAGUGACUGCUCACCCUGACGACGAGUGUAUGUUCUUUGCUCCCACAAUAUUGUCGCUGUUACAAGAGGGCCAUCAGAUCUACCUUGUCUGCCUCAGCAAAGGAAAUUUUUACAACCAGGGGGAGUUGCGAAAAAAAGAAUUGCUGGUCAGCUGUGGGAAGUUAGGAAUUCCGCAGAGUAACGUUACCAUCAUCGAGGAUGAGAGGUUUCAAGACGGGCCAGAAAAUGUGUGGAGCAUCGAUGGUAUAGUGGAGCGAGUAUCUGGCGUGAUAAAACGGAUUGGGGCCAAAAGUGUCAUUACGUUUGAUGGCCAGGGAGUGAGCAGCCACCCAAAUCAUGUAGCAUUGUUCAAGGCAGCUCGCAGAAUGGUUCAUGAGAAGGUGAUUGAAGGGGUAUCAGUAUUUGUUUUAGAAAGCACCAAUAUUGUCCGAAAGUAUGUCUCAAUUAUUGACAUUCCUAUAAGUAGUAUUAUAUGCAUGACCACCUUUGUUAGCUUGCCAGUUGAUGUCUAUAAGGCGUGGCUUGCCAUGACUGCCCACAAAAGUCAACUGGUAUGGUUCCGAAAGCUGUACAUUUUUUUCUCAAGGUAUAUGUAUGUGAAUACCCUGUAUAAACUAGACUGAUGCAACUAGACUGAUGCAGGGCUCGUGUAUUUGAAUUGUUUAUAAUUGGUAAAGUGUUAAUCAGAGUGUUAGUUUUUCUCAGGUUGUGUUUAAAAAACGAGAUGCAUGAACAUUUAGCAAAAUUUGAAUUGAUUUUUUCAAAUGAUAAUAUAUUUGUUUCUUUAUUGAAAUUAAAAUGUUGUCCAUUUUAAAGUUAUGUUAUUAAGACCAUCAUAGAACUUGUACAUAUUUUUAGGAGAAUUAAUAAUAGAUAUUGUAAUAUUGAGCAAAAGUUGAAUUAUUAUGCCCCCCUUCGAAGAAGAGGGGGUAUAUUGCUUUGCUCAUGUCGGUCGGUCGGUCGGUCUGUCGGUCCGUCCACCAGGUGGUUUCCGGAUGAUAUCUCAAGAACGCUUGGGCCUAAGAUAAUGAAACUUCAUAGGUACAUUGAUCAUGACUCGCGGAUGACCCCUAUUGAUUUUGAGGUCACUAGGUCAAAGGUCAAGGUCACGGUGACCCGAAAUAGUAAAAUGGUUUUUGGAUGAUAACUCAAGAACGCAUAAGCGGCCAACAGGGCGAACUCUGAACAAUAUAACAGAAGCAACUGGUCUGUAAUCCUAAAUCUAUAAUUAUCAGUCCAAUGAAACAUCAGCCUUUGAGUAAAAUAAAGUGGAUCAGUAAAAAUAUGAUCAGAAUAUGAGAUUUUUUGUAUAUUAAAUAUUGUGUUAAUGUUUAAUUUUGUUGAUUAAUAUAAAUAUAAGCAGGACAGGGGAGGUAAUACACUUUUAUAUCUUUCUUAUAUACAGGGGAAAAAAAUGCAAUAAGUUUAAAUUUCAUGUUUAAUAAAUAGAGGAUAUUUGUUCAUGUCAGUGUGAGAUCAUUUGUUAUUUUUUAUGAUCACAUUUUAUUAUUACUUUGACAAAACAACACUUACCUGAAUACCACAAUGGAUUCCACCCAUACAACACCCCACGCCCCUACCAGAAUCUUUCCCCCCUC